AUGCCCAAUUAUCCGGGGUCCUCUAAAGCUGCACCCGUUGACACCCACGCUGAUCUUAUACCGGCCUACAAGCUCAGAGAGGAGGGAGUUCGCGCGCAUUUCCAUUCUCUGGCUCCGAAGAAAUUCGAACAAGAGGCAGACGAAGUUUUCGUGGGAGUGCGAAUGGUUCUUUGGGAAAAGGCCUAUGAAUACAACGCCCUAGGGACACUUUCCGCAAUUCGUGCCUCUGGCCUUGCACUUGGAGAAGGUGCAUAUUUGUCUCCAGGACCUGGAAUGUUCUCGCCUGCCAAAAACGAUCCUGAUUAUUGGACAUGUAUGGUGUUCGCGAACAAGGAAAAAUUUUAUGAAGAGACAAAAGUGUAUAUCCCAAAAUCGGAAGACCGCACUGCGCAUCUGAUGGUCUAUCUUGAUGCUAUGAUCUCAGGAUUAGCAGAACGUCACGACCACAUUUUGCUUUCCGAUUUCGAAAACAAUCUCAUGAUGCUUAUUCCCCCGCCCUUCCUUGUUAAAUCACCCUCGCACAGUUAUAUGGAAUACGGAGAGAAUCGUCUCAAACUUCGUGUGAGAUGCUACCCACCAGACGAACUACCACAUUCCAUCCCGACUGCCGAGUGGAAAAAGUGGCCAAACGUAAUGUGGAAACCGCCUACCCCGGGGUUGGUUGAUUCUGUGGUAGCAGCCUGUGUUCAUGUCGGCAAAGCCGCUGGAAUCAUUCGAGAUUUGGGUCCGCAUGAAGCCCAGGCUGCCUGCAACCAAACUCUCACUGCUUCACAAAAUCGCCAUUGA